AUGGUGGAUAGAUGGCUGGAAAAGGCAGUGGCGGUGAGCUAUGACAAUGAGCAGGGUGAACGAUGCUAUUGGGUGGUGUUGGGUGUGUUGAGCAUUCAAAGGGCCUUCAACAUUGCCGGCCCGCUCCUCAAGAACACGUGGAUUCAGUUGCGGGGUUGGAGGUUGCGGGCGGAAUGGUGGUCAGUGAUGAUUGGUUCCUGGCUGGCUUUUGAGGGCCUCCUCAGACCUGGAGAGGUGGAUGAGCUAAAAAUUUCGGAUCUUUGUUUCCCCGAGGAAGCUUUGUCGGUGCAGGUGGUGGCCCAGGCGUCGGAUGGUGGCAUGGACAGCGGCCGGCUGUCACGCGCCCUACGUGAGCUAGCCGCGGCUUUGGACGAGGUGAACGCGGCAGCUGCUGAGGACCCCGUUCUGCGCAGUGGCCUCUCCGCCUCCUCUUCGGGCGCUAGCAGUGGACAACAGCAGCGACAGCAGCCGCAACCGCGCGGUGAGAAAAAGGGGGUCCCUACAGCAGCAGCUCCUAAGGCAACAGGUGCUGCGGCGCGGGUGCUUUCCCUUGGGGGCUCGUCGGUGGCGUAUCGCAUGGACCAUCGGUGCUACAUUGUGGUUUCCAAUCCGCGGGCUCCAGACUUCGUUGGCUUCUUCGAGGGUGAAGGCGCGGCGGCAUGGAAGGCCAUCGAGCGCCGACUUCCCCGCGGCCGGUUAUCCGGCUCGAGCGUACGCCUGCGGCGCGUUCCCUCCCGCCAAGUGGCGGAGCAG